UGACAAAAGGAUGGGUUUCCAUUUAAUUAAGCAGCUGAGAGGCAUGAGUGUGGUGUUAGUGCUACUUCCUAUGGUGCUGUUUGUUAUGCUUGCGGGGGCUCAGCGAGCUUGCCCCAAGAACUGCAGAUGCGAUGGCAAGAUUGUGUACUGUGAAUCUCAUGCAUUCAGAGACAUCCCUCAGAAUAUUUCUGGAGGGUCUCAAGGCUUAUCGUUACGGUACAACAGCAUUCAGAAGCUUAAAUCAAAUCAGUUUGCGGGCCUGAAUCAGCUCAUAUGGCUUUAUCUUGACCAUAAUUACAUCAGCUCUGUGGAUGAGGAUGCAUUUCAGGGGAUCCGCAGGCUGAAGGAAUUAAUUCUAAGCUCCAACAAAAUUACCCAUCUGCACAACAAAACAUUUCACCCAGUCCCCAACCUCCGCAAUCUGGACCUCUCUUACAACAAGUUGCAGGUUUUGCAGUCUGAGCAGUUCAAGGGCCUUCGUAAACUCUUGAUCUUGCAUUUGCGGUCUAACUCGCUGAAAACUGUGCCGAUCCGAGUUUUCCAAGACUGCCGAAACCUUGACUUUCUGGAUUUGGGCUACAACCGCCUGCGGAGCUUAUCCCGUAAUGCUUUCGCUGGCCUUUUGAAGUUGACAGAGCUCCACUUGGAGCACAACCAGUUUUCUAAGAUCAAUUUUGCCCACUUUCCACGCCUCUUCAACCUUCGCUCGAUUUAUUUGCAGUGGAAUAGGAUCCGGUCUAUUAGCCAAGGGUUGACGUGGACUUGGAGUUCCUUGCACAACUUGGAUUUAUCAGGAAAUGACAUUACAGGGAUAGAGCCUGGGACCUUCCAGUGCCUCCCCAACUUGCAAAAGCUGAACCUGGAUUCCAACAAACUCACCAACAUCUCUCAGGAGACCAUCAAUACAUGGAUCUCGCUCAUCUCCAUCACUCUGUCCGGAAAUAUGUGGGAAUGUACUCGAAGCAUUUGCCCCCUGUUUACUUGGCUUAAGAAUUUCAAGGGAAAUAAAGAAAGCACUAUGAUAUGUGCAGGCCCUAAACAUAUCCAGGGUGAAAAAGUGAGCGAUGCUGUGGAAACAUACAAUAUCUGUGCUGAAAUUCAGGUGGUGGUUACUGAAAGAUCAUACCAGGCACCCAAAACCCCCCCGAGACCUGUCUUCAUUCCUAAACCUACCAUUUCCAAACUCGAAAGCAAUCAGCCAACAUCUGCUAUGCCAAGCCCUUCUGCAGACCUCCCAACACCUGGAGUGGAACCAGAGUAUGAGCACGUUUCCUUUCACAAAAUAAUCGCUGGGAGCGUGGCCCUCUUUCUUUCUGUGGCCAUGAUUUUGUUGGUUAUCUACGUGUCGUGGAAGCGCUAUCCAGCCAGCAUGAAACAGCUCCAGCAGCACUCUCUCAUGAAGAGGCGCAGGAAAAAGGCCCGAGAGUCUGAAAGGCAAAUGAACUCCCCUUUACAGGAGUAUUACGUGGACUACAAGCCAACAAACUCUGAGACCAUGGAUGUAUCGGUUAAUGGAUCUGGGCCCUGCACGUAUACCAUCUCUGGCUCCAGGGAAUGUGAGGUUCCUCACCACAUGAAGACUUUACCCUAUUACAGUUACGACCAACCAGUGAUCGGAUACUGCCAAGCUCAUAAGCCUCUCCAUGUAAAUAAGGGGUACGAUACCAUGUCCCGGGAGCAGGCUGAGACAACCAACCUGGAACUCAGUCGAGACCACAGCUUCAUAGCUACAAUCGCACGUUCGGCUGCUCCAGCCAUUUACAUUGAGAGAAUACCAAACUAA